CUCUCUCUCUCUCUCUCUCUCUCUCUCUCUUCUCUUCUCUCUCCCUCUCUGAGAGGCAGUUACAGUUGAGAAAGUACAAAUUAAUCAAACAAUGGCUCUGAUUUCAAACCAAAUAGCCUUCCAGUCUCACAAGAUUCCGUCAUUUCCUCUUCUCGUAACUCAACCCCGUAGUCUCAGAACUCACAGAGUUUGCAUGGCGUCAACUUACGCUCCAAGUAAAGUUGAGAUCAAUCUAGAGAAGCCUUUCACUCCUCGGCGAGAGGCUCAUGCACAAGUGACUCAUUCCAUGCCUCCAGAGAAAAUGCAAAUUUUCAAAUCUUUAGACAAAUGGGCAGAGGAAAACAUCCUGAUUUACUUAAAGCACGUCGAGAAAAAUUGGCAGCCAAGCGAUUUGCUUCCCAACUCGAGCUCCGAAGGAUUCGAUGAGGAAGUGAAAGAGCUGAGGGAAAGAGCAAAGGAAAUUCCCGACGACUAUUUCGUGGUGUUGGUUGGGGACAUGAUCACCGAGGAAGCGCUUCCAACGUACCAAACGGCUCUCAAUACUUUAGAUGGGGUCCGAGAUGAGACGGGCGCGAGCCCAACUUCGUGGGCAGUUUGGACGCGGGGGUGGACUGCUGAAGAGAAUAGACAUGGCGACCUUCUUAAUAAGUAUCUUUACCUUUCUGGACGUGUUGACAUGAGGCAGACUGAGAAGACAAUUCAGUACUUGAUAGGAUCGGGAAUGGAUCCGCAAACUGAAAACAACCCGUAUCUUUGUUAUAUCUACACUUCCUUUCAAGAAAGAGCAACCUUUAUCUCUCAUGGGAACACUGCCAAGCUAGCCAAGCACCACGGAGACCUAAAACUGGCACAGAUCUGCGGCACCAUCGCGGCGGACGAGAAGCGCCACGAAACCGCCUACACCAGGAUCGUCGAGAAGCUCUUCGAGAUCGACCCAAACUACACCGUGUUGGCAUUCGCCGACAUGAUGAGGAAACGGAUCACGAUGCCGGCCCACUUCAUGUACGACGGCCAGGACGAAAACCUGUUCGACCACUUCUCUGCCGUGGCGCAGAGGCUCGGGGUUUACACUGCCAGGGACUACUGUGAUAUUUUGGAAUACUUUGUGGGUAGAUGGGAUGUGGAGAAGGUGACAGGGCUUUCAAGUGAGGGACGUAGAGCGCAAGACUAUGUGUGUGGGUUGCCUCAAAGGAUCAGGAAAAUAGAGGAGAGAGGUGCGAGUAGGAUUGGGAAGGCAUCCCCUGUUCCUUUCAGUUGGGUCUUCGGUAGAGAAAUAUAAGCUUUGUAAUCUCAAUCAUCCUACAGAUACACCUCUCGACCAUUUUCAGACACUCUUCUCUCACAAGCAGUAGAGCCGACUGCCUGUGAGGGAAGAGUGUCCAGAGAGUUGCCGAGGGGCGUGUCCCCAACAUUUCCGUUGUAAUCUAGCUUGUAGGUACAUGAUAUAUAUGUUCAUCAAUAAGCUUAGGAACACAACUCCCGGACCGGACGCAACUGUGUUUGGAGUCAUCUGAUGUAUAUGAGUCCACGUGCCUCGAACGGCUUUGGAUGCAGUUGGGUUUAGAGUUGUGUUUUAAAGUUGUGUUCCUAACAUUACUAUAACUUUAUCUAGCUAGGUAGCCAGCUAUGUGCUUGUUCUGUAAUCUGUACCCUUUUUUUUUAACCUCCUUUUAAUAUGUAAAAUGAUAAUGUCCUGAAUCUCUAUUAUUAAUCCUGCUUUUAUCGUUAAGUUGUA